AUGUCGGAAACACCAGUGUCAAAGACGGUGAGGGGCCUGCAGGAAGGUGGGACGGCCGAGCUCUGGCCAGUUUCUCCAGAACUGUUUAGGGAAGAGGAUGAUGAAAGAGCCGAUCACGGUGGGGAGGAAGAGGAGAUUGAGGAGGAGCAGGAGAAGGAGGUCUGGGAGGAGGAGAGAUGGGGGAAGGAGGAGAGGGAGGAGAUGGAGGAGGAGAUUGAGGAGAUGGAGGAGAGGAGUAGGGGGAAGGAGGAGAGGGAGGGGGAGCGGAAGAAGGAGGAGGAAGAUGAAGAAAGGAUGUUUGACGAUCAUGACUUUGAGUCCGAGGAGGAUAUACCGGAGGACUGGGCGAAGGCCAUUGAAGAGGUGGAGAGGGACAUAGAUCCAGAUUACACCGUGGAGGAAGAGGAGGAGGAAGGCAAUGGAGAGGAGGAUGAGCAGCUGAUGAACGUGGCGAAAAGGCAGAGAAAACCCCAGAGUGAGACUAUCACACGGGAGAGAAAAGAAUGCCACCUAUGUGGCAUUCUAGUGGUGAAGCUGCCCCGGCACCUGAGGAAGAUGCAUGCGUUCAGCAGAGACAAUUCCUUGCCGAACUCGCAAGGCAAGAAGAAGAAGAUCUGUCCAGAGCCUGGGUGUGGUCGGUCCGUCGUUCGCAUGGACACCCAUUUUGUGAAGUGCCAUGGCAUGGAGAGGGGGAGGGAACUUCACGAAAAGGUCAUUGAGACCAAAAAAAGUGUCACAGCUAGCUCAUUAAGGAAAGGGGAGCAAGAAAAUAAAAAGAGUUCUUGGAUGAACAUGAACCGAUGAAGGCGUUCUUUGACUGGCAGUGCUCCUUCGAGAAGAACUGGUCUUCGAAGGAGUCAAGGCAGCACUGCCAGCAAGUGCAUAAGGUGGCAGAGGCCCUUGAUAACCCUAAUUGCUCAUUCCUGGCCAU